AUGCAUCUCUCCUUAUCUAAUUCUUUUAACGACUUAUCUAUCUAUCUAUCUAUCUAUCUAUCUAUCUAUCUAAUCUAUUAUAUUCUAUUCGUCUCUAUCACGGAAAUUCAUACUUCUGUUACAUAUCUUUUGCAAAGCAAUAGGCGUGCGCCAAUAUCGUUUCGUAGCCCCACCCACAUCUGCUUCGGAAUCUUCACCCAUGGGGGCAAUCUCGCCGAGACUGGAUUACAGCAAAAGCACCUGUUUGUCUUCAAUGGUGAUGUUAAUUUCUUUCUAAAUAUGUCUCCUGAUGGAUAUUUGUUCGUUGAAUGCGCGCGUAAUAUCAUUAGGUUCAAAUUAAGCUAUUCGGCUGGCAUGUGUCUGCCAUCUUUCUUUUCGCAGUCGGUCUCCCCCAUGAAUUCGGCUCCCUCACCCCCAUCACGCCGAUCUACCAAGGCUGGGAGUGGGGAUAAGAGUCCUACGCCUCAUUUUGAAUGGUUUAUGGCCGACCACUUUUACCCAAUUCCUCAAAGACCGGUCGUCAUAUUUCUCUUUCGGCCCCUGGCAUCCGACGCUGCUGUCUGUCCGAUCGUAGCAGCGGGACUCAUCGAUCAAUCAGCGGGACCCUUUUUCACAUUGGCGAGAAAAAGAAGAACUAAAAGACAACGAUUUCAUGAAAAAGAUGUCAAUAAAAAUGCAAACUCUAUAAACUAUAACAUUUCUCUCUCUCACUCUCUCUGUCUCUCUGUCUCUGUCUCUCUCUCUCUCUGUCUCUCUCACUCUCUCUCUCUCACUCUCUCUCUCUGUAUCUCUGUCUCUGUCUGUCUCUCACUCUCUCUCUCUGUCUCUCUCUCUCUGUGUCUCUGUUUCUCUCAAACUCUCUCUCUGUCUCUGUCUCUCUCUCACUCUCUCACUCUGUCUCUGUCUCUCUCACUCUCUCUCUGUGUCUCUGUCUCUCUCUCUCUCUGUCUCUGUCUCUCUCUCUGUCUCUGUCUCUCUCUGUCUCUCUCUGUCUCUGUCUUUCUUACUCUCUCUCUCUCUCUGUUUUUCCUUUAUCUUCAUUCUUUCUUUUUCCUUUCUUUCUUUCUUUCUUUUUUUUUCUACUACUUGUUUCAUUCUUCUCUCAGUUUUCCUUUAUCUUCAUUCUUUCUUUUUUUCCUUUCUUUCUUUCUUUUCUUUUUUAUUUUUUUUUUCUUUUCUUUAUUUUCAUUCAGUCUUGUUUGUAUUCUAAAUUUUCAUUGUUUUUUCAUUCAUUCAUUCAUUCAUUCUUUCCUUUCUUUCAUCUUUCUUUCUUUCUAUUGUUUCUUUUUUUGCCCUUUUUCCUUCAAUUCUUUCAUUCUUUCUUCCUUUUUCUUAUACACUGAUUUCAUUCGCUUUCCUUCGCCUUCUCUCAAUCUUCUUUCUUUCUUUCUUUCUUUCUUUCUUUCUUUCUUUCUUUCACUUUACAUUGCUUCCUUUUUUUCUUUUCCUCAUUAUUUUCAUUCAGUCUUGUUUGCCUUUUCUAAAUUUUCCCUUACCUUCUUUCUUUCUUUCUUUCUUUCUUUCUUUCUUUCUUUCUUUCUUCCACGUCUUUCUUUCUUUCUUUCUUUCUUUCUUUCUUUCUUUCUUUCUUUCACUUUACUUCUUCCUUUUUUUUUUUCCUCAUUUCUUCCACCUUCUUUCUUUCUUUCUUUCUUUCUUUCUUUCUUUCUUUCUUUCUUCCACGUCUUUCUUUCUUUCUUUCUUCCACGUCUUUCUUCCACGUCUUUCUUUCUUUCUUUCUUUCUUCCACGUCUUUCUUCCACGUCUUUCAUUCUUUCUUUCUUUCUUUCUUUCUUUCUUCAUUGUUUUCAUUUGGUCUUGUUUGCCUCCUCUCAAUUUUCCCUUAUUCUCUUUCUUUCUUUCUUUCUUUCUUUCUUUCUUUCUUUUUUCUUUGAGAUGUCAGCUAAUCCCCAAGCCGCAUUUGUGAUCCCUUGCUCCUGA